GGGACUGGAGAGGAUCGGCCCAGGAUCGGCACGUUCCCGGCUGGAGGGUCAGCCACACUUGUUCCCCAGGCGCUCUUCAAUCAGGAGGCGGGGCCUAAAGAACUAUCCAAUCAGGGCAGACAGGGGCGGGGCGCAGGGAACUGUCCAAUCAGAUGUGAAGCAGAGGUGGUGACCUGCGCAGUCAAGGGCUCUAAGGGGACCGACUUGGGAACUCUUCAAUCAGGGGCGCUGACGUUGACAGCAUUGUCCAAUCAGAGUCGCGACUUCACGAGCUCUGUCCAAUGAGGCCCCGGAGACGGUACGCCGAAUUCCCGUCGCCCUGCGCGCUUUCAGUCGUACCUUGAGCGGCUCAGGUGUCCCUGUGGCGCUCACCUGCGCCAGCUGCGGGAUCGCAGGUGCUCACCCGGAGCGCCCAGGAGCGGGCGGGACAUGGACUCGGUGGUCUUUGAGGAAGUGGCUGUGAGAUUCACCCCGGAAGAGUGGGCGUUGCUGAGUCAUGCUCAGAGGAGACUCUACAGGGAUGUGAUGCUGGAAAUCUGCAGGAACCUGGCCUCCUUGGAUAAUUGCGUUCGUGUUAGAACCAGUGGGUCCAGUUCUCAGAGAGAGGUUUUCAGGAAUGAAACAUCCAGUGAGGGGGAAAUUGCAAAAUUCACAAGAAGUGAUUCCUGGUCUGUUUUUGGACAAAAUUGGAGAUUUGAUAACAUUGGAGAUCAGCACCAAAUCCCAGAGAGGCAUCUGAGAAGUCAGCUGGGGAUCUUCUGUGAAAGUAAUGAAGGUCAUCAGUGUGGAGAGACUUUGAGCCAUACUACAAACCUUCUUGUGCACAGGCAUUACCCUACCGAAGCUAAACCCUCUGAGUGCACUAAGUGUGCCACAGCCUCUGGGAAUCGGCAGAGAUCUCAUACCAGGCAGAGGCUGCAUCUAUGUGAGGAAUGUGGGCAGGCCUGCAGCUGGCUCUCCUGCCAAAGCCCUCCUGUGAAAACUCAGACUGUAGAGCAACCCUGUGAUUGCCAGGACCCAUGGAGAGCAUCUGUGACCUAUGUGAAAAGUUUUAGCAGUAAAAAGUCUUAUGAAUGUAAGAAAUGUGGGCAAGCUUUCACUUGUCCCUCAUCAUUCAGGGCACAUGUGAAAGGUCACCAUGGGCAGAAAACCCACGAAUGUAAAGUAUGUGGGAAAACCUUUAUGUAUUACUCCUACCUUACACGGCACAUAAGAACUCACACAGGAGAGAAACCCUAUGAAUGUAAGGAGUGUGGGAAAGCCUUCAGUUGUCCCUCGUACUUUCGAGAACACGUCAGAACACACACUGGAGAGAAACCGUAUGAAUGUAAACAUUGUGGAAAGUCAUUCAGUUGUUACUCUUCCUUUAGAGAUCACGUGAGGACCCACACUGGAGAGAAACCCUGUCAGUGUAAACACUGCGGGAAAGCGUUCACGUGUUACUCAUCUCUCCGAGAACACGGGAGAACGCACAGCGGAGAGAAGCCCUAUGAAUGUAAGGAAUGCGGCAAAGCCUUCAGGUACCCCUCCUCCCUGCGAACACAUGUGAGAAUGCACAGUGGAGAGAAGCCCUACAUGUGCAAGCAGUGUGGGAAGGCCUUCGGAUGUCCCACCUACUUCAGAAGACAUGUGAAAACACACAGCGGCCUGAAACCCUAUGAAUGUAAGGAGUGUGGGAAGGCCUACAGUUUUUCCUCAUCCCUUCGAAUCCACAUGAGGACACACACUGGAGAGAAGCCCUUUGAGUGUAAGCAUUGUGGAAGAGCCUUCAGCUGUCACUCCUCCCUUCGAGAGCAUGUGAGAACCCACAGUGGAGAGAAACCGUAUGAAUGUAAGCAAUGUGGGAAAGCCUUCAGCCAUGCUCAGUAUUUUCAAAAGCAUGUGAGAGCACACAGUGGAGUCAAACCCUAUGAAUGCACUGAAUGUGGGAAAGCCUACAGUUGUUCCUCAUCCCUUCGGGUGCACGUGAGGACGCACAGUGGAGAGAGACCGUAUGAAUGCCAGCAGUGUGGGAAAACCUUCAGGUAUCUCGCUUCCCUCCAAGCACAUGUGAGGACACAUGCAGGAGCAUGAAUCUACGAAUACAGUGGACCUGGGAGAGUGUUCCACCUUAAAACCUUGUAAAUGUGAGAAAACACUGGCAAGAAACCUUAUUUAUGUAGAGAAUGCAGGAAAACCUGGUAUAGCACUUACUUUUUAUGUAAAAACUCAAGAGUAGGAGAUAAAUCUCUGAAUUAUGAUUAAUAUGGUAUUGCCUUUACAUGCGUCAGCCUUAAUACUGAUUCUUUGUAAUUUCUAGUUAAUGUUUGUGAUGUGAACACUUAAGAUAAUAGAUAUCCUGUUGUGUACACUUUCAGCUAUACUACGUAUAUUUUGUCAUUUAGGACUUUAAAUACUUGUAAUUAUAUUUGUCUCAUUCCACUGCAGUGUCUUUUGUACCCAGGGGUGAGGAAGUGGCUUUUUGUUUUCCUGCAUCACUUGGUGUGAAUUUAGAUGAAACAUUUUUGAUUCCUA